CGGAAUCUCACGUGUAGUGCCACGGGGCCAAGCUAUGUUGAUGAGCGCCUGACCUGACAGAUAUUGAUCAAGCGCCAGAAAAUUAAACCAUCGCAACAAUGUUCGUUGGUCUGAAUGGUUGCGACGAAUGAACCCAACUUAUAAGUAGAUGUCCUCUUGCCAACCGUUCAGCUUAGCAGGACCGUUCAACAAAACAGGUUUUGCCGAUCGAUCAACCUUCGCGGAAUCAAAUGUGGGAAAUAAACUCCAAAUUUAAUCUUGAUUUUUCUUGCAGCAAAUUCAUUUCACAGACUAGUUGUAGAUCUAACCAACCAUGGACAACCUCAAGUUCGAUGAAGCUACCCAAAAAGAGCUUGCUACGUUCUUAGAACGAGAACAAGCCCAAGCUCGCAUCAACUCCACCGUCCACAACCUCACAAGCAUGUGUUGGGACAAAUGUGUCACCAGCACUCCAGGUUCUCGCUUCGCCCGUGGGGAGGAGAGCUGUCUCUUGAAUUGCGUGGACCGCUUCAUGGAUACUAGUUUAUUCAUCAUCAAGACUAUAGAGGGACAACGCUCGCAGCAAUCAUGAGCUGCAACUUGCAUAGUACCAUACUUACCGCUCGACCCUCGUUCGCUUAAUUGUUUACAUCAUCUCACCUCAUC